GAUUUGUCAUUCAACAAACUACAGUCAUUACCCGAUGAAGCCUUUUCUAGCUGCAAUAAACUAGUUGAACUGUAAGUUUUGAAUUUUAUGUUGGCGUUUUGAACCCAAGGGGGGAAUUUCAUAUAUCCCAUGAUGCUUCGCCGCUAAUUUCUGUCCUCUCUUCGCGGUCGAAAGAGCGUUCGAGGGUUUCGAGGGAGAUUUUCAACGACCUGAAAAUCAAGAUGCAGCUCAUCCAAGGUAAGUUUUAAUGAGUCCUGUUAAUCUUUGGUAUCUGAUUGAUAAUGUAAAAUGUUUCCAAAGCCAUUUCAUGCAUUAUUGCUCUCGUUUACGACCCUGUUAAGCCAUGCUGUUUUAACUCGCAAGUGAAUAUUUAGUUAGAUGACCUUCAAUUAUCGAAAACUGUCUUUAUUCUAGAAAGGUUUUGCCCCAAUAAAUUAUUUAAGUCGGCGGACAAGGGGUGCUUGAUACUAGUUCCACGCUCCGACCUCUUUCGACCUCGCGAUUUUUAUGGGUUUGAUCGUUUUGAAAUAUCGCAUUUUCUGCCCUUUCUCAGCUAAGAUGCAAGGCGAGGGUUUCAAUUUCGUUAUGCUAAGUCCUGCGAACAUGGGACAUUUUUUUCUUGAAUUCGCUCUUUUUUCGCUGAACAAACUCAAGUAUUAUCUCUUGAGGGUAUGAUGAGUUUUUAAAUUCACUGGUUUAUAGUAUUAAAGCUUUUUUGUCUCAUUAUUUUAGGUAAAAUAGGUUUCUCAUGGUGGCUUCUGGUCGCAACCGCGUGAGGCAAACUUCAAAAAUACAGGCCAGCAAAUGUCAUGGAAUAGCACGCCGUAGGACCUCAACCGGCGUAUAAAACCUUUAAAGACAUUUUGAUAAUUCUUUUAGGAUGCAUUGUAAAGAGGAAGUGGGUGUUUUUGUAUAUAUAUAUUUUGCCAUUGCUUAAUAAAGAUUUUUCUGUUUAUGCUUGACGAAUGCUUAGCUGGUGUUGUGUUACGAAAAAUAUAGAGAUGUCUUUGUUAUUUUUAUUGUUUGUAGGACCUAUUCCCCUCCUUUGAAUUUUAUCUCCGGUAGACGUCACUUUGUACUUUAACGGUCUCGGUAUUUUCGACUGCAUAAGCCGAGCUUGUUGAAGUAAAUGCAUGUGCGGUCAACGAACGGUUGAUGUACGGUAUCGAUGAAUUACUGAACUGACAAUAUGAGCACCGCGAUCACAAACAAGCAACGAAGAGAAAUCUCACACCUAGAAUAUGUAUUUAUUUCAAGACAAGUACGUGGAAAUCGCUUGAAAAUCCAUGGAGAGCUUUAUCAACGCACGUUAAUACAGGACGUACUGAAGCAAAGACCUUCCUCGAUAGCUUCUAAGAACAUUUGUGUGGACUGCCUUGCGAUCGUAAGGCUAGUUACAGUAGUUAACUACUAAUCGGCAGCCAAACAUUCUCCUUGACUUAACAAGAGAUAUAUUUGGAAUAGUAGAACGAAAAUCGUAAAUAGAUCGACACAGCAAAGGUACAGAAGGUUUUAUAGGCAAAACAAGUCGCUUUCCAUCGUUGUUCAACUAUCGCGUCCCUGUUGAACUGAUGAGAACUGAUAGGAUCACGUGCGUUCGGACGCUUGAUAAUAUAGUAUGAAGCGAUGCAUCAUGGGAUAUAUGAAAUUUCCCCCUUUUUUGAACGUUACAUUUCUUUAGCAUAUUAGCGUCUUCUAAACAAGAAAGUAUCGUCCUUCAUAACAUAGGUUUCUAGCGUUGUUAUUCUACAUAAGGCCAUUACACUCUUUGACUAAUGAUUUCCCUGUUUCUUUUCCUUCCUCAUCCUAGGCGCCUAAACUUUAAUUCCAUCUCGCAAAUUAAUCGUCGCACGUUUGCUGGGCUUACAAACUUGCGUACCCUGUAAGUUGUUAAGAAAUUACUCAAUAUUAAGGUGACUCGACCCAGUUUUUGGGGGGUUACCAUCCUACUUUGAAGUUCUCUGGUAUCCCCAUUAUACGGCAUUCUUGUUCAGUACGCGUGCAAUGACCGCGCUUGGCUGACUUCCGAAUGCUCACCGAGAUAUGAUAAUUUAGUAUGAGAAAAUAGAAGGGAUUCCCGUCACGAGUUGGUUUAAUUAUUGGCUUGCGUUAAACUCAUUUAAAAAUGAUAUUUUUUUAAUAGUAAGAAGAUUUAUUGUGUAGCGCUUCUUGAUUUUUUUGCAAAGGUACAACAAGCACGAGAAUUAAUUACAAAUUGUGAGUUAAACCUCUAUGUAUCACACGAUGGCCUGUCUCACUGUACCAAAAUUAUCAUAUCUCGGUGAGCAUUCGGAAGUCAGCCAAGCGCGGUCAAUGCACGCGUGCUGAACAAGAAUGCUGUAUAAUGACAGACUAGAAACAAUAGCCAACUCCCAAAGCACAAACUCAGCCAAAACGCUAAAAAUCUUCAAUGUUUACUCAAGUUUGGGCUUAUAGAAGAUAAUGUCACAGUUUUUCAAUGCCCAAAAUAUAGGGAUGAAUCUCAUAGUUUAUUAGAUACAAUCGUGUAAAGUUUGCUUAUCAUUUUCGCAUAAAUUAUGACCUAAAUUUGGAAACCGCUGAAUUUCUCGAAUUGGGUCUUUGCGAUUUUGGUGAAACUCUGUUCAGCGCAAGGCACUAUUGCGCACUAUGUGUAGCCGAGAGAUUUUCACGAAAAAAUGCCGGCUACAGCAGAUUUUCGACUUAGACCUCAAAGGGGCGUGGCAUUAUAACCACCUGACAUUUACUCCGAUCGCAAAAAGUUUUAUGUUAUAUUGUAGAUUGAUCUAUAUGUUAUCCAUUCUAUGUGUUAGACUUACGAUAAAAGUAAAGGUGGGGAUACCAGAGAGCUUCAAAGUAGGAUGGCACCCCCCAAAAAAACUGGGUCGAGUCACCUUAAAAACUUGUUAAGCUGUAGAGAAGAAUAUAAUUUUUGGGGAGUUAGUGUUGUCUUUUUUUCCAAGCUGCAGAAGGCAACAUUUGGUGAUGAUGCCAUUUGAAUAGCAAAACAAUUCAGUCUUGAAUCUCGCUUUCGUAUGAGUAUCAAGUAUUAUUAUUCAUUCAAAAUAUUUCUCCGUUUCUGAUUGGCUAAAAUUCCACGCACAAUUCAUCAUAACCAGCUAGUGUCCACCAAAUUUGGAAGACGUUUGCGAUAUGUGAAAAAUGACGUCAAUCGUGCAGCUAAUUGCCAGAUUAUUGAACUGUUAGCCGAGAAGACCUGGGAACGAGGUUGAGUUGUUUUGGAAGUGAGUAAAAAAAUGGCGGAACAUUUCAGUAGUUUCACGAGGAAUAAAUAGGAGAACUACUCUCUAAAAAUAUAGUAAGAACAGCAAGAAGACAUCUGAACGGAGGACGUCGGCUAUUUGGAGAAUAUUUGCGGAGCUGUACAACUCUGAAACGAGUUAGUUUGCAAUUUGAUUGCCGAAAUUCGCUGAUUCCAGCGAAUUUUGCUUUCAUUUUUUUGCACAAUACUGUAUCUCGUAAACUUGCCGAUUAACAUGCACUAUCGAAGAUGAACUUAACAUCGAUGGAGGUAAGCAUGUUUUAGCUUGUUUUUAAACUAGGAAUUAUAAAUUUUGAAUGAAUAAUAAAACAAUUAUUGAAUUCGGCUUUCGUAUCAUCUGAAGAAUUAUGGAGAUUUCGGAGGGUGUUAUCCGCCUCGGCCUCCAUAACUCAGUCUCGUUCAAUAAUUGUUAAUUAUGAAAAUCUUUGAGGAUGUCAUCCAUCCUCCUCGAUCUGCACAAUUCUCUACAUCAUACUCAGCCUCGUUCAAAAAUUGUUAAUGACUUAGCCGGGAGAGUUACAGUAAGAAGCGACAGAAUAAUUGAAUGGAUGAGACUAAACUGGAUCUUACUUGUAUUUUAUUUCAGAAUGAUGAUAGAUAACAAUUUGACCAGCAUUCCUCCAUAUACAUUUGCUGACACUCCCCUGAAUAUCUUGUAAGUUUUAACCUACAUAAGCUUACACAUAAUGGGCUUUAUGCAUGUUGACGCCAGACGAAAAUUUUACACAAAGGUUCGACUGCGAACAAUAGUCUUCGAAUUUGCAUUUUUUGUGCCUGAUUAUUUUUCUCAACUCUAUUGCCUUGGGAAUUUAUAUAUCCAAAACUUCCCAACUUUACAAUAGGCAACUUCCGAGUUCCAUAAAGCCUCACUUUCAAAAUGAGGCUAGGUGCACAACCUUUCUUGUGAAAAUGAGUUUUAUUUGCAUGAGAAUCAAAAAUGAUUUCCAUAUCAAAGGCUGAGCACCUACCCUCGUUUUGAAACAGAGGCCGGGGCAACUCGGAAAUGGCCUAUAUCAAAACGAGGCUUGGUGGUGCAAUUUGCUCGGCUGACGUCAACAUGCAUAGGAGCAAUUUAACCUCUCCUCUCAAGCAGUUCAGUUACCAGUCCCGCUUCUUCCAACAAGUUUACCGUAACAAAAAUUGCUCGAGUAAAUAAGAAAACUUGAGAAGUUUUUGUUCGAGCAGGUAAAACACUUGAAUCUGCAGUUUUAACACUUACUCUAGCAAGACAAACAAGUCCAUGACAAAAACCUUUUCAAGGGAAACUGCUCUUGUAAACGGUGAGACUGAACCAGUUUUUCUUCUUUCGUACGAAGAAAAUAUAUUUUUAGUGAAUAUCACUGAUGACGUUUUUCCAGUAGCAAUUGCAAUAGAACGGUCUUAUGCUUUAAAAAAAUCAGCCUUUAUAUAUUUGAUGCAGGUUUCUUCACAACAACGCUAUCAAACUGGUCGACGGUAAAGCAUUCACUGGCCUCGGGAAUCUCAAAUCACUGUAAGUUUAAGGAAACUUUAAUCAGUGUCAUAGUGUUUAGUUUAGAUCAUUAUUCAUUCAAAAUAUUUCCCCGAUUCUGAUUGGCUAAAAGCACACGCAUAAUUGACCAUAACCAGCUACUGAUGACCAAAUUUGGAAGAAUUUUGCGUUUAAUGAACCAACGACGUCAAAAGUGCAACCUUCUUACAGGUUAAUGCACCGUUACGCGAGAAGACCUGGGGACGAGGUUGAGUUGUUUUGGUUGUG